GCCGGAUUCUAUAACAACAAAAGAACUCGGCGGGGAGCUGAGACAGGCCGAGGCAACCGGGGCUUUUGGAAGCCCGGAGGAAACGGAGGGCACCGCGGCGGGCAGGGCUCCCCUCGCCCCCAUCUACCUCAAUCGCUGCCGUCCGGGGUGUGUUUGUGUUUGCAGACGACGCUUUUGAGGCCAGAUGUGACUCUUCAUCAGCUUGGAAAUGACCCUGUGAUAUCUUUCAGAGCUUCAAAGUGACUUCCCCAGAAAUACCUACAACCCUCACACAUUAUUUCACUAGCAUAUCCUACUCAUGUGCAAAUGUGAGGAUUUUGUAGCAUUUGUUUACAAGCCAUGCCUCCCUGCGGUCUGUGCCUGAGCUGAUAAGUUUUCAUGCACUUUAAUCUUCUACCUGUGUCCUUGGCUAGCACACUGUGAAGCUGUACCUUUUACUCUUGGAUACGAAGGAGUACUAGCCGAAGCCUUGUGAUUGCCUUAGUAAUGUUCCAGCGGUUGAACAACAUGUUUGUGAGAGAAAUCAAUCAUUUGCCCAGUCAAGAGCCAGAGUUCAGUGAGAAAGAGGAAGAAGAGUGGAUUCUGGUGGACUUUAUAGACACGUGUACUAACCUCUCGAUGAUUGAAGAGGAGGAGGAGGAGGAAGAAAAUAAUGACCUCCAUGAAGCAUCACCUGUGGACCAUCCACCUGUCUUCUCUUGUCUGUCUACAUCCUUGGAAUGUUUGGCUGAUACCAGCGACUCUUGCUUCAUCCAGUUUGAUUCGUGCCCCAUGGAGGAAAGCUGGUUUAUUACUCCACCUCCAUGUUUCACAGCUGGUGGUGUGGCUACUCUCAAAGUGGAAACCAGUCCUUUGGAGAACCUUCUGAUUGAACAUCCCAGCAUGUCGGUGUAUGCAGUCCACAAUACCUGCCACAGCCUCAACAAGACCAAUUGUGAUGAGGAAGAAGAAGAGGAAGAACCUCAGGAUGCUAGCGGUCCUAGAUCAGAAGUUCAGAGUGACGUGGGUCAACCUAUUCGAUGCUACAUUGCUGCUCUCACUUCUCAUUCGGCCUUUCUUGAACAGACCAAGAGCUUUCGGCCUUCCCAGUGGACAAAAGAAAACCAGGAAAGACAGUACCUGAACAGAAACUGCCUUCGCCGCCAAAACCUUACCAGGGAUUGCUACUCCCGGCAACUCAAAAACGGAUAUUUUGUUCACCAGCCUUGCCAGCGCCAGUUUAAUUACUGAGGGUGUUUGCGAUAUAUUUGUUUCCCCCCCCAAAAAAACAUACCGGUUUAAUGUCGCUCCUGGUUUUGUUCUGUGUUUUGCGUGUGUGUAGAUCAGAGCUCCGAAAUGUUGCCUUCUUGGACUACAAUUCCCACAGGCCAUCCUGGCCGAGGACUGUGGGAACUGUAGUUGAGAAAAUAGUAACACUUCCAAUCUCUGGUGUAGAUAAUGAAGGCAUUUUUCUUUCCCAUUGCAAGCUGGCCACUGUUGUUUCUACACAAUCACUUGAGUGUUACAGUUAGGUUGUAAGCCACAUUGACGUUAAUGGUAUAUCACAGAAUUGCCUUUGUAAUAUUUUAUUUGUGGUUCAGAAACCUAUCAGUAUAGUCACGUUGGUGUGAUUGGGGCAAAGUGGGGGGGGGAGAUUUGUUGAAUGUGAUUUUAGAAACUUUCUGAUGUGUGGAUGGGUUUGUUUUUAUAUCUGUAUUUUAGCCAAGACAAAGCAGGCCAUUUUCAUUCAUACUGUAGUCCAAAUACAGUUGCAGAAUUUCUCAGGGUCAGCCGUACACUUGCAAUGAUUUGUCCAUACCGUUAAGUCACCUUUUAACAUUCUAACAUAGCCAUUAAAAUGUGAUAAACUGGAUUGCAUGGAGCUCCCAGUAAGGAGUGAAUUCUGUAUGUAAUGGUGCUGGUGGGGUUACCUUGUGUCUCAUCUGCUUACCCAAUUUCCUAGACAAAGGAGAUACCUCAGAGAAAGUGUGAAGUGGCCCUGUGAAGGAAGACUAGUGUAAUGUAACCUCUGCUAGCCUUGCAGUUGUCAUGAAAUGUAACUCCCACCAUCCUCAAGCAGAAGGGCCAGUGAUGGAAGUUGUGGCCCAACACAUCUGGAGAGCACAAGACCAUGAAAAGCUUGUGUGGUAUGUUGUGCGUAUUGGACCUGAACAACAGUGGCAAGAGUCUCUCUCUCACUGCCUGGCCUUUCUGAAUUAAAAGUGGAAAAACAUGCCUCAGAUGGGCCUUUCUUUAAAAUGCUUUGCACAGCAUCUCUGUUCGUGACAGUUGUUUAAAGCUGAGGCAGACAAACCUGUGGAUGGUUUUGGAUUACGACUCCCAAUAUCCUUCACUACCAUUUAUGGUGGCUGGGACUGAUGGGAGUUGGGAGUCCAAAAGUAUCUGAAGGGCCACAAGGUGCUCACACUCAUACAAAGGUUCUAGUAAUAUAUUGAAAACAGGUCUUGCUGUUGUUACAUCUGUGUGCUGGAGUGAGUAAACUCUGGACUCCUACAGGGUUGGAAUAAUUACACAAAGUCUGAAACCCAGUGGUCAAGUUGCAGCUAAAGUAGGCCCAUUGAAUCAAUGGAACUUACAUGGGUGUCUCACCAGAUUCCACUGAAUUAAUGGACCUACUCUAGUUGCAACUAGGCCACUGGAUUUAAGCCAUUCUCUCGCUUUCUCUCCCUACAUUUCUGAACGUAAGGCACAAAGUGUUUCUCACUUUCCUUCAGUUCUGUUUGCUAGCUGCAUGUUUUAUGUGCCCUGGACCUUAAACCCUACGGCCACAACCCUGAAGUGACUUAUAAGCAUGAUGUGCCAUCUCAGAAUUCAUGUUUAAUUGGCACCAAUUUAAUGAGAGCAAUAAUAUUUGAUACGAACGUGAAUUGAAAUUGACAGUUAUUUCAAAACACCUCACUAAAACAUCUCCAUGAAGGGGAAAGACGUUUGUUUGGAUAGGCUCUGUUGAGGCCUAAAAUUGUCCUGUUUGUUAUUUUGUGGACAAUUUGAUUGAGUGACCAUCUAACUAGUCAUCAUAUCUCCCUCCUCUUUCUGCUUCAUUUUAAUUACUAGCAGCUUAGCCAGAGACAGGACAGAUACCUUUUUUUAGACUAUGAUUCCUAGAAAAUCCCGACCUGCACUGCCACUGGCCAUGUGAGCUGGGGUUUUCUGGGGCUUAUAGUAACUUUCCUCAUAUGUGGGUGUACUUUUUUUAAAAUGGGUAUUCUAAAAACAAAUAAGAAAACAGAAAACAGCCCAUGCUUUGAUAAGUGAGUCACACCUUGUUGUCUAGCAAGUAGAAUCCCAAGAACGUAGAGCAACUUGAAAUCCUAAGCAGCAGUAACAGUCUGCUUUUUAAUGCUUUGUUAGCAGCCUUUGUGUUUCUGGAGUUACUUCGAUCUGCUACUCAGCUUCAGUUUUGUACUUCUUCAGAGUCAUUUCUCUGCUAGCAUUUUGUACUUGGUUAGCCUGGAAUUCACGAAAUGGUACAGAAUUUCUUUUUAUUACACACAGAAACAUGUUUUCCCCCACUCUUAUUUCAAUAAGCACCCUAGCUGAUUUUCUCUCAGUUUCCUAGGCAAACAAAAAUACUAUAGACAUACUUUAAAACUCAGGAAGCAGAUAGUAUUUGACACAGAACUCCUUUAAAGUUUGGAAGACUUAAAGCCUAUUGGCUGAAAUCUUAUUGCUGAGUUACAAAUGUGGAAAGCAAAAGGUAUAACUUGCUGCUUUCUGGGGGCAAUUAACAAGUUCCUGCUUGGAUUUUUGGGCACACACCAACUAACUGGACUGCCACUCAGCUGAAAAUCUAAGCAGGGACUUGUAAUUGUCAGCAGCAAGGUGUUGCAAAUUAUUCCAUUUGCCUUCUGCAAGAUUUUGGCCAUUGUUAUCAUUGCUCUGUGCUAAUUCUGAGCCUUUUUCUUUGUUUCUUUAAAGCAUCUGGCUUUUAUUUUCAGGAAUGCUGAAUAGAUGUCAUUUCCUUCACCACUUAUCUUGUGUGCCCACUCUCCUAGUUCAGUAGCUACUUAAAUUUAGGACUUCUCAUUCAGGGAUACAAAUUUCUUUCUAAUUUUACUGGAAAGCUUGCUAGUGCUUGAAGUUUCGGGGCAGAAUAAAAAAGUGGAUGAUCUGGCAGAAGCAAAACUGGGGUGACCACCGGACCCCAGUAGACCCCCCUCUUGAGUAUACCCACUCCAAUGGCUCUGAUGGUCUGAAAAACCCUCUGGAACAAAAUUUUGGGUGGUGUCCAGUUGGGGGAAAAAAGGGGGAAGAAAGUCCCAUUGUGGCUGCCAGUCCAAUCUUAGUCUUAUUAUUUUUAUAUAUACACACAGUGCAGAUUAUUGUACAAACUUUUCAUUGUUUUUAAUGUUGGCAAAUACAACUAUUGUGGGAGGCAUGGCUGCAUAUACAACAUUGCAUCUGACUCAUAAUUAUCUGCAUAUUUAUGUUACUUAGUUAUGAGCUUGGCUGUCUUGGACUAUUAGAUUUGUUGUUUUUCAAAUGAUGUGUGUUUUGUGGGUAGAUACGAAUUUUUAUAUAGUUUUUUUCCAAAAGAAAAUGUAUUAACUUGUAAAAGUGGGGGCCUUGUGCUGUAUGUUAAAAUUUUGCUGGAACUGUUUUUUCAUAUUAUGUAUUGUAAACAAACUUGUGCCUUUCCAAUUAACAUGUACACAGCAAACUUGAACUUGAAGCUGACAAAAAAGGGACAUUUUCCGCUUUACAUCUGUCUAUGCAUUAUCAAUGGCAGCUUCUUUGUAGAACCCUUUUUUCUUUUUCAUUAUAGCCGUCCUUAUUCAAGA